AUGUCAGUGGCUGCUUACUGUAUAUUUUCCUAUAGACAAAUAGGAACUUCUGGUCCAGCCACAAAAACACACCUACCAUGGAAUGAUAUCAGAAAAAUUGCAAAGGUAACUGGAUCACUUAUACUAGGAGGUUUUGUAUUCAUUACAUAUGAAAUCCUGUCCUUAAAGAAGUUACUGCAAAUUGAUACUCAAGCUAUACAUCAAGAAAAACUUAAAUCUUAUGUAUAUGUACGAACAAGUUCUCUAAAUCCAAGUGAAUAUCAAGGGAUCACAUACCAAGCCAGAAAAGAAAUCCAUAAAGCAGUGAGGAAAAUUCUAGAAACAGAAGCUAAAAUUUUCCGGAGACCUUUUAAUGAACAAUUCAGUACAUUUGAUGGAGAAGAUCAUGAAUGUGCCUUAUGGCUCCUCUUGAAGAGAAGUCAGUCAGAAGACAAAGAGGUCCGACUGCAGGCUGUACAAGACCUGGCAAACAACCGUCACUGGCAUGAUUAUCAGUAUGGUACAGUUGCCCAAACCUGUGAUCAAAGGACUGCAAUAGGUUUGGCUCGAUCCAAAGAUAUCGACCUUCGCUUUUUCCUGCCUCCACCACCGCUGCCGAAAAUAAAGAAUGAUUAUCCCAUAGAAGAUGAACUUCGCUUGUUGUUAAUAUCUUUACCUCAGACUGGUCUUGAUCCGUGUGUCCAGUACUUCACAUCUCUUGCUUUACGUGAAAGUAGUCAGACUCUUGCUGCACAAAGGGGAGGCUUAUGGUGUUUUGGAGGAAAUGGACUUCCAUAUUGUGAGACAUUGAGUAAAAUCCCUUCAGAGACGGUGGAACUCUUUUGCUUGCAAGCUUUAGUGCAGCAUUCUAAGAUUUCCUCUCACUGUGAUAAAAUUGAAGCUAAAGGAGGCCUUCAGCUGCUACAGAGGAUAUACCAGCUACGUAAAGAUUCAGCAAAAAUACAACGGAACAUCAUUCGCAUUAUUGGAAAUAUGGCUUUGGAUGAACGUCUCCAUUCAUCCAUAGUACGUGCAGGCUGGGUUUCUGCACUUGCUGAAGUAAUGAAAUCCCCCCACGUCAUUCAGUCUUCUCAUGCAUCCAGAGCUUUGGCUAAUCUAGACAGGGACACAGUGAAAGAAAAGUAUCCAGAUGGUGUUUAUGUCUUACAUCCACAAUAUCGUAGCAGUCAGCCCAUCAGAGCAGACAUCCUUUUUGUUCAUGGCCUUUUGGGAGCAGCAUUUAAAACCUGGCGGCAGCAAGACAUUGACCGGCGUUUGGAUAAAAAGGCUUCAGAAGAGGAAGAGGACUAUAGCCAGUGCUGGCCAAAGACAUGGCUGGCUUCAGACUGUCCUGCCCUUAGAAUCAUAUCUGUGGAGUAUGACACCCAUUUGAGUGACUGGAAAGCAAAAUGUCCUGUUGAGGCUCACAGGAAGUCUAUCGCUUACAGGAGCAAUGAGCUUCUUGACAAGCUCAGAGCUGCUGGGAUUGGAGACAGGCCUCUGGUGUGGGUAUCCCAUAGCAUGGGUGGUCUUCUAGUCAAAAAGAUGUUGGUGGAUGCUUCCAAGAAUCCAGAAAUGGAUAAAAUUGUAAACAACACCAGAGGAAUCAUAUUUUAUAGCGUACCUCACCACGGUUCCCAGUUGGCUGAAUAUUCUAUAAAUGCCAGAUAUCUUCUCUUUCCAUCUGUGGAGGUUAAAGAACUCAGCAAGGAUUCACCUGCCCUGAAAGAGCUGAACGAUGAUUUCCUGUCUUUUGCCAAAGAUAAGAAAUUUUCAGUGCUGAGUUUUGCAGAAACCUUACCAACACACAUAGGCAGCAUGAUCAGACUGCAUGUUGUGCCUCUGGAGUCAGCAAAGUUAGGAAUUGGAGACCUUAUUCCAGUGGAUGUUAAUCAUCUAAAUAUUUGUAAGCCAAAGAAGAAGGAUGCUUUCCUGUACCAACGUACACUGAAGUUCAUUCAGGAUGUUUUAGCCCAGGACCUUGGAGACUGAGUUUUUGCCAUCCUUGGCUGCUUAUUUUCUCCAUUUGGUGUAACACAGUAAGUUCUUCUAAGAUUUGUUAGGGGAUCUGCAGAACUACAAAGAUGCUAUGUCAAUAGUAUCGCCUGCUAAAAUAAUUUUCAGUACAUCUCCAACUUA